AUGUCUAGGGCAACCGUCCUACGACCUCCUCCUUUGCCACGGGAAGGCCGUGAUGGCAAACCCUUCGAAUGUUCGUUGUGUCGUUACUUCACUGUCGUUACUUCAUUGUCGUUGGUAUGGAUACUUCCUGGCAGUAACAUGUCUAUCGUGACCUGCAACCAUACGUAUGCACCUUCAAGGGUUGUGCCACUCAUGAUCGAACAUACGAGUCAGGGCGAGAAUGGCUCAGUUACGAACAACAGGAGCAUCAAAACGUCCGAAACUAACCAACGGUGGUGA